AUCACAACAACAUAAUUAUUUAAUCUCUAUUAUUCAGUUAAUGUUUCAGUCCGUUAUCAAACAUGUUAACCCGAACAGCUGUCAUCUGUCGGAGACCACUGGACUUGACCACCAAUCUCGUUGCUUGUCGGGCUGUGACACGUCAGGUUAACGUGCACAGCAUCCUAGCUAUGCACACAGUUGCUUGGAGCGACUUAACUCGGUUGUGUCAGCUCGCUCCUUCACGCCGGGAGAACAUGGCCUUUGCAAGACAUAGAAGUUGGAUGGUUGUUUUUCUUCUAAUUGGAACCUUUCUUGCCGUUGUUGUCUGGAAAAAGUUUGAAUUCUCCCACAAGUCAACUCGAACAUUGGACGCGAAAGUUAGAAAGAUUAUUCAAGGCCUGCCCCCUGCUGGAAAUACCCUCACCUAUCAGCGAGAACAAAACAAGAUAUUUCUUGAACAAGACUGCUUGAACGGAUUUAUAAACAACGAUGGACUUAUCGAAAUACCACCGGAUGCCAUUCUAAAGAGUUUAACACACAAACAAAUAACGUGUCUUUAUCACGGGUUUGUGGACAAUGUUGGUGUGUUGUGUAAAAACAUCAACCGCCUGGGUCACCUGAGUGACGGUGGAUGGGAAGUGUGCAACGAUCGGCAAUACAGUCCCUCCGACAAGUGUCUUGUCUACUCUGUCGGGAUAAACAAUGACUUUACUUUUGACGACGAGAUUGCGAGGCAGUACGGAUGCGAAGUUCAUUCAUUUGAUCCGAGCAUGAAUCAAAAGAGCUACAAGCGGAGUGAGAGAGUAUAUUUCCAUAACAUAGGAUUGUCGGAUGCUAAUGUUCAUAUCCCACCCAACAAGACGGGAUGGGAGAUGCGUACUUUGGCAACAAUCAAACAAGAGCUUGGUCACGCAAAGCGACGUGUUGAUGUCUUUAAGAUGGACAUCGAACACUGGGAAUGGAAAGUUCUCCCACAAGCCAUUGCGAGCGGCUUCCUGGAUGACGUCGCCACCCUGGAUCUGGAGCUCCACAGCUGGAUCAUAAAAACUGGAUACAUUUACGAGCCUCCGGCUGAAGUGUAUGUGGGAUACUUGAGGACACUGAGACAAUUACAUGAAAUUGGUUUCCGUAUUUUUUUGACACACAAAAACCUAGGAUCCUGUCAAUAUAAAUCAAAAUUCGGCAUGAUGAGAACCAGUUGUCAGGAGAUCGCCAUGGUGCAGACGAUGAGGAAAGUGGGGUCGUAAUUUUAUAAUUGGUGUGGUGUCAUUUAGUAGUAUUAUCUACAUAGUGUAUAAAUAGAGGUUAUCACUCGAGUGUGUUUGGGGAUGGUAAAUAUCCUGCAUUAGGAAUAAACAUUGUAUUUGGCGAGCCUUGGCGAGCUAAAUACAUAGUUUUUAUUCCUAAUACAGGA